CGGCGGAAUUUGAACUCAGAACGUAAUGGCAGACGAAAUACCGCUAAGCAUUUCACCCGCUCCAUUGAGGCACAGGACUGGUGGCAUGAUUUGGAACGCAGAGAUGCUGAAAUACAACUUCUACUUCCUGGUAAUAUACCUGGUACAUACUUGGUACGACUUGCAAGUGAUAAGAAAUCCUAUGUAUUAUCUGUCCGAGAUGUACAUGCAGAUGUGCCUGCUGUAAAACAUUACCGGCUUCGAAAACUUGACAGUGGUGGUUACUACAUCACACCAAAACAUCUUUUUUCCCGAUUUGUUUGGGUUACUAGAUCACUACAGCUGUCAUAGCCAGUGUCUUUGUCAACGUCUAACAAAAGUUUGUCCAAAAGAGCGUCCAGUUGUGCAUUUCCGAAACCUUAAGAUUAGCCGAGAAGCUGUAAUUCUGAUAAAGAAACUGGAUAGUGGAUGUUUUGGCGAUUUCUAUUUAGGCAAAUGGAACAACUCGGUGAAUGUGGCAAUAAAAACUCUGAAGCCCGGAACGAUGUCACGUGAUGAAUUUGUCGCGGAAGCCCGCAUCAUGCACUAGGGAGGAACCAAUUUAGAUCAUCACAGAACUGAUGGAUAAGGGGUCACUACUUAAUUACCUACGGGAUAAUAAAUCAUCUCCAGACAGGCUUUCAGUACAGGAUCUCAUUGAGAUAGCAGCACAGGUGGCAGAUGGAAUGAAAUACCUUGACAAGUGUAAAUAUGUUCAUCGAGACUUGAGAGCAGCAAACAUCUUGGUAGCAGCAAACAUCUUGGUAGCAGCAAACAUCUUGGUAGCAGCAAACAAAACUGUUAAAGUAGCUGACUUUGGUUUGGCUCGACUAAUCAAGGAUGAAGUAUAUGAGGGACAAGGACGUGUCCGUUUUCCUGUAAAGUGGACAGCACCAGAAGUUGCCUUUGAGCACCGGUUCUCGAUAAAAUCUGAUGUGUGGUCCUAUGGAGUUUUACUUCAUGAAAUUAUUACAUUUGGCCGUAUCCCUUAUCCUGAAUAUCCUGGGAAAACAGUAUUGCUUAAUGUUGAGAAAGGAUAUCAAAUGGCAAAACCAACAGAUCCUAUAAAUUGUCCAGAUUCUUACUAUGAAGUCAUGUUACACUGCUGGAACAAGAAACCGGAAAUGCGACCAACUUUUGAUUACCUUUUCUCUUACUUUAACGACUUCAUGGUCUCUUCAGAGAAAAAUUAUACAGAGUGAAAAUCGUGUAAAAAAAAAACAAGAAGGAAAACCACAACAAAAAGCCACCCGAAAAUAAAA